GCAUAAUAAAGCCCAUCCCAAGGGGGACUGACUAGGAGGGAGGAGUGUCCAGCCAGCCAGAGUCCACAGAAGCAGAGCUUUGUCCCUCACCCUUCCAGGAGAACAAGGGAGGCCAGCCCAGCCAAACCAUGCCCAGGGCAGUGACAGGAACAGGACCCAAGAGCUUGAAGGAGUCAGACAGCUCGGAAGAGGAAAUGGAAGGUGUUUUCUGGGACACCAGGAGGGAUUUGGGGCAGCUGAAGGAAAGUGGUCCCUCCCAACACUCCAGUGACAUUGAAGGGCUCCGACUGGGAAAGACCAGCCGGCCGGUGAGAUCAAAGGCUAGGAGGAUUGCUGCCAAUGUUCGAGAGCGCAAGAGGAUCUUAGACUAUAACCAGGCCUUCAAUGCUCUCCGGCUGGCCCUCAAGCAUGACCUCAGUGGCAAGAGGCUGUCCAAGAUUGCCACCCUCAGGAGGGCCAUCCACCGAAUCACCUCCCUGUCCAUGUUCCUGCGUUCUGGCCCCACUGCUCGGUGGCCCUGCAGCCACCAGGAAUGUCGUACCCAUUAUGGCAGAGUCCAAGAGGAGGAAAUUGGCUGGGACAGUCACCCACAGUCCUUCCAGAUGUCCAUGGACUACAGCUAUGGAGAAGCUGUUCUUCCCUUCCAACCGCCCCCUCCUUCUCCUCUCUACUUGAAAUACUCUCCCGAGACUCAGUUUCCCUCCCAAGUGGAAAGUCAGAAGGAGGAUACCAUCCCCUCCAAUCCUGUCUACCACACCAGUGGGAGCCAUCUUCUUGGGGAACAACCCCCUUGCUAUCCAAAGUACGUGGACAACUUCCGAGCUCCCUCUCCAAGAACUAUUCCCUGGCAGCUUGGGUACCUGCGAGGACCAGGGCGGGGUUGCCAGCAGUCUUUGCCCAUGCACUGAAUCGGAUUGCUCGCUCUUUCUUGGAACACAGAGGAAAGGUUUCUGAGCUGCUCAAGUUGGAAUGGAGCCAACAAGUGCUGGAGAAGGCUCUACCUGCUCUGGGGACAUCGCCAAAGAUGUAACAAGAUGGUAGUGGGAGGGAAAGAGAAGCUACAACCCCUGGGGGGGGGGUGAGUCCUUCUUGGGGGUGAUAGAGGGGGCUGGGAGCAGGCAUGGUGACUGUGAUCAAGACUCAGGGAUGGAGCUGGAGGUCUUCUUGUCCAGGAGGCUGCCCUCCCGAGUCUUCAGGACUGCCAGUAAGCAGGGCUGUGUCUUGAGUGCUUCUUAGAUGUUCAGACUCUUUUAAGCCUUAUUGCAAAUCUGGUGUUUUUAUUUCUGG